CAGCGUUCUAGCAUCAACACUAGCGCAACCAAGCGACAGAUGAUUUAACUAAAACAAUUAACAAUUAUACAAUGGAUUAUGAAAAAAAAAUUUAGAUUCAAAGCAUUAUUACAUAAGUAUGUUUUUAAAUGAAGUUUAUUGUAUUUAAAUCAAAAUAAAUAAAUCUGAUUAUGGAAAUUAUGGAAUUAUGGAAAUAACUAUAUCAACUCGUAACUAUGGACACAGAAAACUUUAAACCUUUAUUACGAUUAAUUAAUUUAGAGAAGAAAUAUCAAAUUAAUAUCGAUUAAAUGGAUAAAUGUUUAACGAUAUUCACGAAAAAACAUGUUGGAAUCGAGAAGAGAAUCAAUCAAGAUUUUUAUUCACGAAAGAAAAUACUGAUUGAAAAACUUAAGUUAUUCUGUCAUUUGAUCGAGAACAAUGCGAAGCAGCACCUAAAAAAGGAAACAAUAUGGGAUGAAAGUAAUAAAUUGUGCGAUAUUGAGAAAGCUAAACAUGAAAUGAUACAACGGAAGAGUCUUCUUCAUAAAGAAAGUUUAAAUUUUAAGCAAUUUCAACGAAAUGUCGAAUUAGAAUUGGAAGCAAUAAAACUUGCAAAAGAGAAUAUCGAAGAAAAUUUGAAAGAGACAAUAAAAAAACGAACAGAAGAAUUCUCAUCCAAGAUUUUAGAUGCAAAUUUAAAGAAUAAAAUAAAAAUAAAAUCUAUGGAAAUGGAAAUCGAAAAGUUCGAUCUCCGUUUAAAAUCUAAUCAAGAAAUAAACCAAUUGGAAAUUAAUGAUUUAUACAAGAAACGAUAUAAAAUGAAAAAACUAUAUCUAGAUGAAAUGGUAAAAUAUGACAAAGAUAUCGAAUCACUUUAUACGUAUAAAAGUACUCUUUUAACUGAAAAAGAUUGUAUCAAUAACGAAUACGCCAUUAUUCAGGAUCAGCUCAUCGCACAACGUAAUUUAUAUAAACAAUUAAAGGAGGAACAGGAGCUAAACGAGAAAAAGGCUUUUCUAGAAAGGAUAGAAAAUUUUCGUCGAAAUCACGCGGCGAAAAUUAUUCAACAAAAUUGGAAAUUAUAUUACAUGCGUGUAUCUAUGAGAAAAAAGAAAGGUAGAAAAUAAUUUGCAAUCAAUUAAAUUUCCAUAUUUCAAUUUUAUCCUUUUUAAGUAACACAGAUAAAACUUCAAUAUACGUACGUAUAUUUUGCUUGAAUAAUUUUUCUUGUGUCAUCGAUAAAUUAUUACACUUACAAAAUAUUUAUCUUGAAUGACAGUAAUAUAUAUUAUAAUUCCAAUGCAUAAAUUUUAAACAGAAAUUAUUAAAUGUCUAACUAUAUUGAUCUUUUACUAUGUUUAGAAAUCUCCCUUUCUCUCCUUCCCUCUCUUUCUUGUUAUCCUUUUCUCUUCUUUUCUUUAGCCCUCCUCGUAACGUCACUCUGUUGCUCACCCUUGCUGGAUUUUCGCUCUUAUCGCGAUCGUGUUUGCAUUUCGAUAAUAUAACUUGCAGAGAACAAACAAAAUGUUCUCUCUCUAUUUUGAAAGAAAAAUAUGGAACUAAAUUACAUAUAUCUCUCCUACAAUUUUAUGUAUCUGUCUUCCAAAAUGCAAAAUGAUAGGCAAAAAUAAACUGUAACUUCAUUAACACGUUCAAUUAUCAUUUAUUUAACACAGAAAUGCAAAUUAAGAUAGAUAAAAUGGGACAGAUAAAAAAACGAAUGGAAAAAGCUUGAAAUUUAAAAAGGGAAAAAAAAAGAGAGUGAAAAAGUGAAAGAAAAUGUAUCGUUAACAGCAUUGAAAAAUAACUUUACCUAAAAGCUAAAAGGUGAUGAACCGCGCAACUGGAAAACGAAUAAGUUAAUAGUCACGCGGAGGUUGACGCAUGCUCUGUAACGUUUCCCCGGGGUGAUAUUCAGUCAGGCAAACUGAGCCAGGAGCCGAGGCUAGUAGACGUUCGAUCGUUACGAGGUGAAUCAGUGGUCGGGAGUACCGCGAAACAAACAAUUUUGGACAUGCGUAUCGAUCGUUAUCGUUCGCACCUACGUAUGGCCACUUAUUUCUGGAAAAUAUCUUCCAUUAUUAGCAUCAAUUCUAAUAUUUAGUUUGCACAUCAAUAAUAACCUUUUGCUUCGUCACGAGGAAAAAACGGUUGAGCAAGAGAAGAGAGGGCGGAAGAAAGAAGAGAAGGGAGAUAGAAAGAGAAAGAGAGAUAGAGAGAAAAAGCGAAAUCUAAACAAGAAAAAUAAUAUCGAAAAUAUUCUCUUAUACUAUACUGUAUGAAAUGAGAAAAAUUCCCAAUUGAAGAUUUGGAUCAGUUGCUUGAAACGGAUUCGAAUUUUGGAAAAGUUGAAAGAAAAUUAAUUAGGGUGAGAUCGAAGCAAUCCUAGCAUGAUAUUAUUAGAUAAAAACCAUUUAGAUGCAUGCCGACAUUGGAUAGUCGGUCUCCAAUUUUCCCCGUAGAACGAAUGCGCACCACCUGUAGCUCGAUAUCUAUGCUCGAAAGGUCAAUCACCUUUUCAUUAUGUUUUUUUGCAAAUCAGGAAAUGAGGAAAAUAUAGAAAUAAAAUAGAAGAAAGGAAGGGAAGGACGAGAAAUAAGAGGGAAAAAAUAAUAGUAGAAAUAAAAGAAAAAGAAAGAAAACGCGAUAGAAAAGACAAAGGCUA